AUGCCACCACAAUUAAUAUUUAAAGAAUUAAUUAUCAAACCACGCUUAUGCCACUUACUGUUGGGUUGGUGUAUUGAUGAUAACUUUUCAAUACACUUAUUGCAAGAUUAUAAACAAGAUAAAGAUAAAAUAGAAAGCUCUAGAUUUAUUUCCACUGACCUUGAAACUAAUGAACUUUUCGAAAGUAUUAUGCAUGCAUACUCCUCAUAUUUUUCUAUAGACCAAUCAUUAUUAAAAACAAAAAUUAAAUACUAUCAGAAUGUUUCAUUUUCUAUAAUUAAGUCUAAUGGUGAUAAUCAAUAUGUAAAAUUUCGUGUUGGCAAAGUUGUUGAAACUACUCUAUUUGAUAACAGGUAG